AUGACUGCUGCUGGUGGCUAUAUGCAAGGCAGGAGUCAUAGUCCAUUGUCAUGCUGGCCCGAUAUGCCUACGGAUGAAGUACUUGAAUAUGACGUUGUGAUUGCCGAUAGUCGACGUCUAACAGUGAUUCUUUGUGAAUAUGGGGAUUUAUUCUGCGCAUUGGAUGGUAGAGGCCCUGGCACUUAUGCUGUUGUUAUUUCGGUUGUCUUGCGAACAUUUCCAACGCCAUACAUUGUUGCUGGUCUGCUGAAAAUCAAAGCAUCAAAUGAUACUCGUUAUGCACAAUGGAUUCGAGGUUUUGCCCGAUGGUUACCUAGUUUAGCUGCUUCUGGAUGGUCGGGCUAUUUUAGUAUGAUAACAUCCAAAGUCAAAAUUUGA